UCUUGCUAAUGAAGUGUAUUCUACCAGAAGUGGGCGGGUGUACAGUGUUUGAUUGACAUAUUAUAUUAUUUUACCUUUAAAAAGUGUGACCGCUUUAAAGAAUUAAACAAAUACACGAUGAACUAGACUCUCUGACAUCCUUGAUUACUCAAGUUAAAAAACGCUAUUUUAAUAUAUCGUAUAAAUAUUUGUUUCACUUCAUGAGCACACCAGGAAGUCGUGUUUAAGAAGAAAUUGAAAGUGGACGCGGAGUUUCAUGCCAUUUCUUGUUCCCUUGCAAGAAGAAUUUUAAGGAGAUACCAAAAAGGAUGGCAUCCAUCCCGUUCUAUGGCUGGGAAGCAUUCUUUGAUGAAGAUCGUCAUCUUCAGGCAGACCAGGCACCCAAAUCAGGCAGUCUCUACACCAUGUAUCACGGCACCACUGUUCAAAAAGCUCGUCUGAUCAUAACAACAGGCUUUAGACAAUCAGCAGAUGGAAUGCUGGGACCUGGAGUUUAUGUGAGCCGUGACCAGAAGAAAGCAGAGCGCUAUCCUCUGAAAUCCCUACCUACUGACAGAAUAGUGCUUAAAUUAAGCGUUGACUGUGGAAAAGUCAAAAGAAUUGAUAAGGACAACCAUCCUCUACAGAAGACCUGGCAUAGUCAGGGCUAUGACACUGCCUGGGUGCCUCCGAACUGUGGCAUGAAAUCUGUGCCUAGCGGUCUAGAAGAGGACUGCGUCUAUGACCCACAGCGUAUCGAGGUCACAGAUAUCGCUCUUGCACCCAACACGACAAUCUUAAAUGAACUCAAACAGCUCAUUGCUCAAAACAAGAAGGGGCCAUCAAAUUCGAACACCUCAGGUACUUGUACAGUGUGCAAGUUCAAGCUAGGGCCUGCUCAUAGUGUACAGUCAUGCUGGGGGUGUGGAGAGACUAUCUGCGCUCUCCUGACCAAACAUGUGUGCAGUUAAGAAAGUUACCAGGAAAUCAUGACACAUGCAUCAUUCAGGAAGCUCUUCAGGUUUUUGGACUGGUUUGUUGACAUGAGUCAAUGCAUGAUGCUUGAAGCUGAAUUGAAAGCUACUUUUUCUGUGCAUACACGUUUGUUUACUUUCCUCAUAGUUCUCAGUGACACAAUUAUCUUUGACAUUUAUAUAUUUAGAAUUGAAAUGUAUAUGAUCACAUAUGGCUGUGAAUGAUCUAGGACUUUUGAAGAGAUUUUUUCGAUCAAUCUGGAAUUUUUUAAAUGUUUUAAACAUUCAAUAAAAAGAGCCUGUCACCUUAAGUCA